AUGGCGGCGGGGACGGAGCUGUGCCCGCACUGCGGGCGGCCCUUCAAGCGGCUCCGCGCGCACCUCCCGCACUGCAAAGCAGCACCGGCAGCACGCCCCGGGCCGGGCCCCGGCAGCGCCGCGCGGCCCGUCCCGAGCAGUGCCCGAGGUGCCCGCCCGAGCCCCGCCAGCGCACCGGGAGCGGCGCCGGCAUCGAACCCUCAGCCCUCCGCCGCCAGCGGCAGCGCCCCGGAGCCGAGCCCAGCGCCGCGUCCUCACCCGGCCCCCGGUACCGGCCCUGCCGCCCCCGGUUGCGGCCCCGGCGCGGUGCAGGACGUGGCCCGCAGCCUGGACCUGCACCCCGAGGAGGUGGAGGAUGUGCCCCAGAGGCUGCGGGAAGGGGUGAAGGUGGUGAUCGAGAAGCACCGAGCCAGGGUGGUGCGGGAGAAGGAGCCGCGGAGCCGCGGGGAACGCACGGAGCCCGGCCCCGCUCCCCGCAAAUGUGCCCCGAAAUCGCGGAGCAAGGAGGCGCCGAGCCAGGGAGCGGCGGGGAGCGGGAGCUCCAAGGCAGGGAAAAGCGGCUUAAAGGCGACAAAGACACCGCGAGAGCCCGCUGAGAGCAGCGACAGCCCCGGUGACCUCGUCCAGAAGAAGGGAAGAGACAAACCCCGGGCAGGAGGGGAGCGAUCUGAACCCCCCGUGUGUGCUCUGCAACCCCGGAGCCUCCGGCUGGCACCGGCGGAGCCCAUCGGGGCUCACGGCCGGGGAACAGCCGGGAACGAGCUGGGGCUGCGGGGAGAGGCAGUGCUCGAGCCCACCGUGAGCACAGCCCCGGGGCUGGCAUUGCAAACGCAGCCCCUUCCGAGCCCGGGCACAGCCCCGGGGCUGGCAUUGCAAACCCAGCCUAUUCCCAGCCUGGGCACAGCCCCGGGGCUGGCUCUGCCCCUCACACCCCAAACCCAGCCCAGCCUGAGCCCAGCUCUGCCCCUCACACCCCAAACCCAGCCCCCCUGCUCAGCCCGGGGCUUGGAGUGGUUUCCAGAAUUGUAUCCCGAGUCAGGAGGGCUGAGGAUGUUUCCAGGGAGUCGUUUCCACGAGGAUGUGAGGAUCACGGUGGAGACAGCCAGGGGUGGAUUGGCACCGGGGCAGCAAGGUCCCCUCGCCGACAGGCCCCUGCUGGAGGUGAGGCUGGGCGAGCUGCACACCUGGAUCAGCACCUGCAGCUUCUCUGCCCAGGGGCUGCUGGGAGCAGCGCAGAGAGCCUGGGGCAGUUACUGUGCCAAGUACAUCCACGUGAAGCAGGGGGGACCUGCUGGAAUCUCCAUGCUCCUGGCUGGCUACUGCCUGCUCAGCUAUGGCUGGAACUAUCAGCACUUCAAGCGGCACCGCUGGAGAAAAUACCACUGAAGGAGCUGGAGCAGCAGCCAGGGAGCAGCCCCAGCUUUGGGGAGGCAGCAGAGCAGCCAGGAGCAGCAUCCCAGCAGGAAUUCCCAGCAGCAGGGGCCUGGCUGGGGCUGCAGCUGAGGAGGAGCUGCUUUGCAGGUCGGCUGGUGUGGCACAGAGGUGACAGGGACAGCCUGUGCUCACCCCUCCGUGGUCAGGCAGCUUUCAUAGUGAAGUGAGAAAGCUUUAGAGGGAUCUGUGGGGGCAGGAGAGCUCCUGGAGGCUGCAGAGUCCCAGAUCCCCUGUUUGGGACAGGAGACAACACCUUGUCCUGAGCUGUCAUUAGAGAUUAUGUGACAAUUCUGCUGUAGCUGAGUGCACUUCAACCCCAGGAACCAUUCCCUUCAAAUUCAGAGCUGUGCCUGGCCCAGCCCAGUUUGUACUGGUGGGACUGGCCAGGACCUGUGUGAAGGCACUGGAGCAGCAGCUCAGACCACAACACGCCAGUUCUGGGGAACAAAACUCCAUGGGAUGAGCUGCUGUGCCCAAAGGGCAAACCAGGACAGUCAGCAGUGCUAGUUGCAGCCUGCCAUCCCCAGACAUGUCUGGGAAAGGGUUGCUCAUGUUCCAGGCAUGAAGGGCAAAAAAAAAAAAAAAAAAAAAAAAAAAUCCAAGAAUUAAAAGUCUGAGCUCUUUAUUCUGCAGAGUGCAGUAGUGCCGUGACUGAGGUGCUGCACCAAAAACUCUCUCACCAGCAAUAAAAUCUGUGUGGAUUUUCCUUUCCUGCUUGGCUUGUGAUCUCACACGUGGUGCUUUGUGCCCCUUUCCCAAGGGAUGAGCACAUCCCCACCCUCCUUGUGCCCAAAAUCCUGGCCCCAGCCAGUCCUGCACCCUUCACACCUUGGCAGUGCUGCUGCUGCCCUCAGCCAGCUGUGCCAGGGGAGCAGCCAGCUGUGCCAGGCCCCGAUUUCCAUUGCAUGCAGUGAUUUCUGUGCUGUGAGCUGUGCUGGGCAGACCCAUGCUGUGUGUCCUCCU